CUCCAUCCGGGCCCUGAAAUAACCUUUGCUCCAGAGUCCCCCCACAUUAUCUGAGAGGUCUGGGGCUGAUGUGGCCAUCUAUUAGGAGAGCAGAUGGAAAAUGUCUGGGUGUAUUACAUAUGCAGAAGGCUUUAGGCUAGCCUGUGGAGGGGGAUUUGGGCAGGUCCUGGAGGACCUGAACUCCUAGAGUAUAGAUGGAAGACUUUGUUUCCUGCCCCAACCUGCUCUGGAGUAGAUUUUCACCAUGGGCAGGAAGACCCAGAGCUAAACCACUGCUUUCUAGGCCCUUGAAGAUUCAAGAGGCCUCUAAUAACUUGGAGACCAAGGCUAUAUCUUAGGACCUGUUACUCCUGCCCAGUCUCCUGGAGUUUGGCCUCAGUCUACAUUUGAGGGGCUUUGUGUCACUGUUGCUGGGUACUGUGUUAAACAGAAGGCCUUGGAGAUGGAAUCAUGCCAACCAACAGCUUAACGUGAAGUUAACACGGCUACCACAACUGCCAUUGACAUCGCCACCUUCUCUUAAAGCAGCUACCUGUCUGGCCCCUAAUUUUGUCUGGCUGCCAACUUAAGGCAUGUGCCUACGCAGGAGAUGAUGACAUUUUGGCUCCACUUUCAAAGUUUUUUUUUUCCUUUCUCAUGUGUUAUUUCUAAAGAUAACAAAGGUCAAAAGGCACCAGCAUUUUCUGGUUUCUCAUAAGCUUCUGGUCAAUAUUUAAUCUGGUUUAUGGAUUUUUUUUAGGUCUUCUAGAUGCCUUCUUGAACCUGCUUGUGGCCACCCACAGACACUUGUAAGGAGGAGAGAAGUCAGCAUAGCAGAGACACUCUGAAAUGAGGAAAUAGAGGCUGGGAUCCAAGGAUCAAGAGCUGCAGCCAGAACACAAGAAAGCAAGCCUUGAAGACACUUCUACUGAGAGGUCUGCCAUGGCCUCUCUUGGCGUCCAACUUAUAGGCUAUAUCCUGGGCCUUCUGGGGCUGCUGGGCACAUUGGUGGCCAUGCUGCUCCCCAGCUGGCGAACAAGUUCUUAUGUUGGUGCUAGCAUUGUGACAGCAGUCGGCUUCUCCAAGGGCCUCUGGAUGGAGUGUGCCACACACAGCACAGGCAUCACCCAAUGUGACAUCUACAGCACCCUUCUAGGCCUGCCUCCCGACAUCCAGGCUGCCCAGGCUAUGAUGGUGACGUCCAGUGCAAUCUCCUCGUUGGCCUGCAUUAUCUCUGUGGUGGGCAUGAGAUGCACAGUCUUCUGCCAGGAUUCCCGAGCCAAGGACAGAGUGGCGAUAGUGGGCGGAGUCUUCUUCAUCCUUGGAGGCCUCCUGAGCUUCAUCCCUGUUGCCUGGAAUCUUCAUGGGAUCUUGCGGGACUUCUACUCCCCACUGGUGCCUGACAGCAUGAAAUUUGAAAUCGGAGAGGCUCUUUACUUGGGCAUUAUUUCCUCCCUGUUCUCUCUGGUAGCUGGAGUCAUCCUCUGUUUUUCCUGCUUACGCCAGGGAAAUCACUCCAACUACUAUGAUGCCUACCAGGCCCAGCCCCUCGCCACUAGGAGCUCUCCAAGACCUGGUCAACCACCCAAAGUCAAGAAUGAGUUUAACUCCUACAGCCUGACAGGGUAUGUGUGAAGAACCAGGGUCCACAGCUAGGGGUGGUGGUGGCUGGGUCUGUAAAAACCAGUGG